AUGCCGCCCUUUGGCGGGUAUGGCACGGGCUGGAAGUCAAGAGCCAAGCCGACCCGCGAUCUGUGCACCAUCGACCUGGACGAGAAGACCAAGGCAGAUCUCAUCAGCGACAUCGAGCACUUCUGGAAAGAGGGCCGCGCGCAGUGGUACGGCGACCGCGGAAUCCCAUACCGCAGAGGCAUCCUAAUGUUCGGGCCGCCCGGUACCGGCAAGUCGAGCACCUGCUUCGCGAUCGCGGGGAAGUUCGCCGGCGCGCUGUACAGCGCCAGCAUGAACGAAAUCAGCGACGAAACGCAGCUGAAGAAGCUGUUCUCCGCGCCGGAAAAGGGCGACAUCCUGCUGCUCGAAGACAUCGACUCCGCGGGCAUCAGCCGCGAGAAGAUGAAGAAGGCGCCGAAGAGCGUGGUGAGCGCAGCGCCCGCUGACGGGGCUAAGAAGUCGUCCCGCAGCAAGAAGAAGCGCAAGCGCAAGGAGAAGACGAGCAAGAUCUCGCUCGCUGGCCUGCUCGGCGCUAUUGAUACUGCGCUUAACGAUGGCGUCGUGCUCAUCAUGACGUCGAACUCCCCCGAGGCCCUCGACAAGGCGCUCAUCCGCCCCGGCCGCAUCGACAAGCAGGUCCUCUUCGGCAACAUCAGCACUGCCGUCGCAGAGCACAUUUUCCUGCGCAUGUACCAGGACGAUGCUUCCUCCCCUGAGGCCCCCAACUCCCGCCUCGCCCGCCUCGCCACCGACUUCGCAUUCAAGAUCCCCGACUGCAAACUCACGCCCGCCGAAGUCCAGGGAUUUUUGAUCCCGCGCGUCACGCCCGAGGAGGCGGUUGCGGAGGUGGAGAAGUGGGUCGAGGACAUGCUGGCUGCGAAGGCGACGGGGAGGAAUAUCGUAGGAAGCGGUGGGGUGCGCGCCGCAGGGGAGGAGAGCGAGAAGGAUUCGGGGUUUGGCAGCGAGGAGGAGGGGGAUAGUGGGAGUGAGGAUAGUGAGGGGGAGGGGGUGGAUUUGGAGAUUGAGUUUUAG